ACCGAUCGACUCACUACGGGAAGCACAAGACGGGGAAAAUAAUCCGAGGCCUGAGAAGUCUCGAGCAGAGCUUGGUAAUCGUGGGUUAGUUCAUUUGGUAAACAGUGCGAGAGUAGAUCUCGAAGUUUUCUGCUGUCGUCUUCUCGUGGGAAGAAGUUUUGAUAUACCCAAAAUUGGAAGGGUUACACCCAAAAAUGGAUUUCGUCUCAGCAACGAGCUAUGGCCAAAGAGGGUGUUCAUUGUAGAAGCCCGGUUUUUUGCUGACUAAUUGCGAGCAAUCGAGCGAAUUCUCUGGAAAGUGGAGAUACCAGCGACUUAGGUCCUAUUUUUGGACUUGCUUGACCAUUUUGGAACAGGUUUGGACGCGGAGAAUUUCGUGACAUUGUCCCUAAACCAGGGAUUUGUUAAACAAUAACCAGAACAACAACCAAAACCUACUCAUAAAUAAAGGCGGAGCCAUCCUGACCAGUAUGGUUUAUUUGAAGACACUAUUGGGCUUGGUCCUGAUUUCCCUCACAAUGACAGUGCAAGCUACGGAUAACACUCAGGAUAACCAUCACCGUCACAAUCAUCAUCAUCAUCACAAUAAUAAUAAUAAUGGUCAUAAUCGCCGACCUCGACACAAUCGGAGAUCAUCCUCGUCGCAUAUGUUUGAUCUCAGCCACACAUUCGUUAUGGAUCGAAUGCCUUUGGCUCGAGGUGGCAUUCCUCUGGAAAUGAGUGUGGAAACCCAAGACGAGGGAUAUGGAGCCAGGUCCGAAUAUUUCGAGUUUUGUAUGGACGAACGUUUGGGUACUCACAUCAAUGCUCCGAAGAUGUAUCAUCACAUCAAUGGCUCGUUUUCAACCGAUCACAUUCCAUUGGAGCGGCUUAUUAAUGUCCCAGCCGUUGUCAUCGAUUUAUUGGAUCGAUUUGGCCAAGAUCACAGCCGAAUGCUCACAUUGGACCACUUGCGAAAAUGGGAGGAGAAACAUGGACAGAUUCCACACGGCUCGUACGUCAUCUUGAGAACAGGAUGGUCUGAUUUCUUUCGAGAAACUGACCAAUUUCUCGGCAACUUCCAAGACCAGAACAGACAAGUCUAUCCAGGAUUUUCCGUCCCCGCCGUUGAAUGGUUGCUCUCCACCAGAGGAAUCAUGGGCUUAGGAACGGAAUGCAUCGAUGUGGAACUGGGUUGGAAAACCAAGAAUCAAGUCAAGAAGCUACUUGCAGCUCAAAAUCUCCUGUCCAUUGUUCAGUUGGCCAAUCUUCAAAAUCUUCCUGCGCGACACCUUGAGCUCACCAUCUCACCAUUGAAACUACAGAACGGAGCAGGGGGUCCGGCCAGAGUUUAUGCCGUGACCGCUGGGCACACUCGUCAUCAUAAUGGAAAUCAUGGGUCUCAUCUAGCGGCCAACCAGGACAAUAUUGACGGACGGUCCAGCAACAAAGUCCAGAGAAGUCCGUCGACAGAAUCCUCCGCUCAGUACUACAACAAAGCCACUUUGUAUCCGCCAAAAGACCAAACCCUUCGAUCUUUAGGAAUGGCUAUCAAGCCUACCAAUUCACUCCUGGUGUGGACCAUGGUUCUUGGGAUCUCGUUUUAUGUAACCCCGAUCACAAAUCUUGUUUAGAGAUACUGAACUCUGACAAACGUGUGCGGUUCAAUACCAAACUACAACUGGAGUGUGAUGCCAAAGCCGAAAUACUUUUCC